AUGCAGCGGUGCGACGCGAGCGGCAAGAGAGACGUCGAGAGAAAGGUGGAGGGUUUUUUGAAGGUGGGGGUUGGCGACGAGUCGCUGGCGGAGUCGCUUGGUCGGCUGUCUGGAGGGAACAGAUCGGCGUUUUGCGGAAGGAACACGCUCCGAGAGAGGUGGGGACUGCGGGAGGCGCUGGAGGAGCGGUCUUUGGGGCGCGCGGAGGCGUUGUUGGAGGCGCUGGAGCGCGUUGAGUUGGGGUUCGACUGCGCGGAGUCGGCGGUUGGCGCGAUGCUGGGGGUACGAAGGGCGGAGGAGGGGGGGCGGUGUGAGGAAGAGAGGUUGGAGUGGAUGGCUUUGGCGCUCGAGAGGGAGAGUCGGGAGGCGGCGCGAGCGGAGGUUUGCGAGUAUUUCGAGAGGAGGAGUCGGUGUCCGCCGAGGGGUGUAGAGUGGUUUGAGGAUGAGUUUUACGGGCAUUUGGGUGGGUUGGAGGAGUUGGAGGGGGCGUUGGGGGAGUUGGGGGUGGGAGACUGGAGGUUGGCGGAGGAUGUGAGGGGGUAUUUGGAGGGGAUGUAUGAGGAGUUGGGGGCGAGGGUGGAAGAGGAGUGUGGGGAGCAGUUGGGGGCGUUGGAGGUACAGGAGGUGAGUGCGAGGUUGGUGAGGGGGUUGGGGGCGUUGAGGGGGGAGUUAUUGGCGGAGAAGUUGGUUUGGAUAGCGAGGUUGAGAGAGAGAGCGGUUGGAGGGGGGUUCGAGGCGGCGUUGAGGAAGGGCGGGCCGUUCGGGACCCCGAGGCCCAUAGAUGCGAGAGAGGGAGAACCGGAGAGGUACCUGGGGGAUAUGGGGGCUUGGAUUCACCAGGUGUUGGUUGGAGAGAGGGAGUUGUUUGAAGGAAAUUUUUUGAUGGGUUCCGCUAGGAUAUUUGAGCUAGUGAAGAGGGAGGUAGAGCUAUUGGGAGUCGAGGUGGUUGCGGGCUAUCUGGAAGGGCGCGGCAUGUUGACAUGCUUGCUGAACGUGGCAUUUCGCGGUGUGGCAGUUCUGUUUGAAGAGCGAGUGGAGAGGGUGUUGGUGAAAGAGGGCGACGACGUUUUGCCGCGUCGAUUGGCGAACGUCUUGCGGUUUUACGGAGACAGGUUCGAGCGCUUGCUAGGGGUGCCGAACGUGGUGUCUCGUUUGUUCAGGAGGUGCGAGGAGCGGGCCAACGGGGAGUUCAUGCGAAGGAUUGAGCUGAGGAUGAGGGCCCUGCAAGGCAAGUUGGUUUAUCCGCCGCUGGAUUUUUCUGCGCCGAAGGAAUUUUUGUCUGAAGUGGACUUUUUGCGUCAAAUCACGGGCGCGUUCGAAUCAUCGAUGGCCGCCGAUGUCGCAGGCGGGGAUUCAACCUCUCGCAUCCUCAGCAUGAUUGUAGACCCCCUCGUCAAGCGUUGCGAAGACGGCGCAAACGAACAACUUCAAAAGGCGUCGCGCACACUAGAUCCGUCUCACCACCGUACAUCGGUAAUCGAGCACACAUUCUAUGUAUGCAGGCUCCUCCAUAUCGUCGCUGACUCCCUGCGUUCUUACUGUCCGCCCGGACUCUAUCAAGAAAUAGACCGCAGAAUAAACCAACUCGCGGCCGAACACGCCAACUCUGCUCUCGAGCGCUCCGGACUCUCUCUCAAGCUGGACGCCGCGCGCGGCGCCAAACCUUGCGAACUCUCCUCUCUCCCCGGCAUGGACCCUUGCUCUCUGUUCCGAACCGUCCGCACGUUCGAAUCUCACCUCCUAGGCAUCAAAGCGCUCGUCGCGAAGCAACUCGCCCCCCGCCUCACCGACCCUCUCCUCUCCAAGUUCUAUUCUCGCCUGGCCUCCUCCACCUCUCAACUGGCCUGCGACGCCUACUCCGAACUCCGCCAGGCCGUCCUCGACCCUCUCAGCGGCUACGACAGGCCGGAAUGCAUCCUCCAACGCACCCCAGCGCAACUCGAGUCGCUGCUGACUUGA